AUGCGGGCUCAGAAGAUACCCGCUACCUUGCUACUGUUGCUUUUUGCAAUAGAAGCUUUGGAUGCCAACAGAAGAAAACAGAAAGAGAAACUAAUUCCAGCUACAAUAAACAUAUGUGAUAUUAGUGACAGAGAUUCCAAAGUACAUUGCUAUUGUGAGUUCAGCCAAGAAGUCAACGAAGCAGUAAAAACAGAAUGUUGGGUAUUCAACGGAGGAAUAGAAAAAUCCGAUCCUCUAUGGACAAGUUUUACAUCACAAACAAACAUAGAAACAUUGGCCUUCAAUGUGCGAGCAGACGGUGGUCUAGACUUUGUACCGUCCAAAGUCUUCAGAUAUUUAAGAAAAAUAAAACAUUUUAGCAUAAAAUACAGCUCAAUUCACAAGAUAGAAAGCUACUCAUUUGUUAACAUAACAUCAGUCCAAGAGAUGACCCUGACAAAGAAUCAGAUAUUCUAUCUUGGUAAACAUUCGUUUUAUAACUUGCCAAAUUUAACUCUACUUACUUUAGAUGAAAACAAAAUAGUUGAACUAGAGACUGAGAUGUUUUACGAACUACCAGCACUUCAGAAAUUGUAUCUUACUAGUAAUAAUAUUAGCGUCAUUCAUGAUGGUGCAUUUAAACAUCUCGUUAAUUUAAUUGACCUAGAGCUCGAUAGAAAUAAUAUAAGCGAACUCAAGAAGGAGUGUUUUUAUGGACUUGCAAAUCUGAAGCGAUUAGAUUUAAGAAGAAAUAAAUUAUCAAAACUAAACUCGUUUACUUUCACUGAGUUAUGGAACCUUCAAUCAUUGUUGUUAGAUUAUAAUGAAAUUUAUGUUCUGGCCCAGAGGACAUUUGAUGGAUUAUCACAAUUAAGGAAGUUAAGUUUAAGCCAUAACAAACUUAUAACUUUGGCAAACAGCCUUUUCGAAGGGGUCAGGGGAUUGUCCGCCUUAGAUUUAAGGCAUAAUAAAUUGAAAAGGUUUACGUUUGAAAAUCUUCACCCGAUUUACGAUAACCUAAAAAAUCAGAACAGUUACAUCUAUCUUGAAGGGAAUGAAUUCCCGUGCGACUGUCAUCUCGCAUGGAUGCAUAAGCUUCGUCAUGAGGCCAAAAGCGUCAAAGUGCGAACGUCUCUCGAAAAUUUCAUUUGCAAAUUCAAUGCGGAGCCUUCGUUAAAUUCACACUUUACUUAUUUUGAAAGGAGCGUUAUCGGAUCAAACAAUUUGUACGAUAGCGAUGACAAAAGCCAAAUAAAAGAUUAUGUGGAUAAUCCGGAUGAUUUCUUUCAAGACGAAAUAGAGGAAGCUUACGUUGAUGAGCCAAAGGCCGUUAAAGGUGAAAAUGAAAGAACCUUACUUCAGAUACCGGUAGAGACUCUGCCAUGUCCUCAAGAUGUCAAAAGUGUGACCGACAGGACUUACACGUACCCAUCGCAAAAUGAAGCAAAAGAUUAUAGGAACUUAAUCCAAACUUCAAAGACGACAACUAUUGAUUCGAAUUUCGCUAUUUCCCUGUUUACCCCUGUAAUAUUAAUGUGGACCAUUCAAUUUUAA